UUUAAUUGAUAAUAACUUUUAUAAUUUAAUUCAAUUGAAAUGUAUAGAAAGUGUUUGCAAUUAUUGGCCAAAAUAAUGGCCGAAAACAAAGAACAAGAAGUAAUUGACAUAAAAGAGGAUAAUUUGGAUGAAUUAGAGGGCGAAUCGUGUGAAGACGACAUCGAUUUAGACAAUAAUAACCAAAAUAAUGACCAAAAAAUAAAACAAUGCGACAGUAAUAAGGGAUUCACUAUAUUUGGCUAUUCGUGGCGACAAAUAAAGUGGCGAAACGUUGUAUUCCUAACUUUGAUGCAUAUUCUGGCCGUUUAUGGUUACUAUCACUGUAUAGUUGUGCCCAUUAAAGCACUUACCGUCACAUUUAUCUAUAUAAUCUCAUGCGCUUCGGGAAUAGGCAUUUUGGUGGGCUCUCACCGUCUAUGGGCCCACCGGUCGUUCAAAGCCCGAUGGCCUCUACGGGUUGUACUCAUGAUUCUGCAGACAAUGGCCGUAAACGGGAGUGUAUUCUCGUACGUCAGGGACCACCGGACUCACCAUAAAUGGUCGGACAGUGUGGCCGAUCCCAAGAACUCUCAACGAGGUUUCUUCUUUGCUCACAUGGGUUGGUGGCUCCUCAAGAAGGACCCCAAAGUGGUUCAAUUCGGCCAAAAACUGUCCUACACUGACCUCAUGGACGACCCGAUCGUGAAGUUUCAGCACCGCUUCUACACACCGCUGGCCAUUAUCUUCUGUUACAUUCUUCCGACACUCGUUCCUCUGCUGUGGAGCGAAGACGUGUUGACGGCGUUUGUCUCGUGUGUCGGCAUACGAGCGGUGGUUGUGUUGCACCACAUGUGGACAGUGAACAGUAUCGCCCAUAUCGUCGGCUCCAGGAUUUACGACAAACAGCUCAGACCCACAGAGAAUAAACUCGUGGUCUAUAUGUCAAUGGGCGAGGGCUCACACAACUAUCAUCACGCUUUUCCC